GAAGAGAGAUAUAUUUACGAGUUAAACGCUCAAUUUUCUAACUUUCCAUCGAGUAUCUACUGUCAGUCCGACUUGAGCCACUCGCGACCAACUUCACAUGCAUAAUAUUUUGAUAGCGACUUGGUUAUGUUGAUAUUUCUUGACUUUCGUUGAUUGGUUUCUAAUUUUGUGACUGCAAAGUGCAGUGCUAAGAACUCUGCUCCGUUUUCGUCUUCGAGUUCGCCGAAUUAAGCUUCAGAAUCGUUAAAAUCACGGCGGAGUGAGGAAGCUUCAAAUGCGGAAUAACGAACCGAAGAUUUCAAUAAUAACUUCCAAGUUUUGGUGAAGUGAUGUCAAAUGAUUACAAAAGUAAUUUCGUAGUUGGUGUGUUUACUGCCCUCGCAUAGUCGCAGUGUUUUCCCAAUAUUUACGUUGAUAUCGCUGCGGGUGCGAUGACAUGAUAUACAAAGUUUUGUUUACCCGUUCGGAGUGAAAGUGCUGGCGCGGGUUAUUUGCCGAGUGCAAGUGUGAAUCCUUGAAUUGAUCCUGUGCGUGAUAAUGGAGAACUUGAGUGAGGAAGGACGCGGCUUUCGUUCACGCAAGAAACAGACCGAUCCGUUUUGCUGCCCGGUGUGUGGUGUUACGGUGCGAGCUAGUGAACUUGAGCAGCAUUUCGCAAUGGAAGUGGAUCGGCUGGUUAAGCUGCAAUUGAACCAGAAAGUGAAAAAGAGUCUGAACAAUGGGAACACGUACCAUGACCCACUGCCAGGAUGUUCGUCAAAUGGAGAUUCGGGUUCGAGCGGAUGCCCGUGGGUUACUUUCCAGAAGAUACGGAAUAAUAGGCAUUCAAGGCUGAGGAUAAAGACCCGGAAACGAAAAGCGGAUGAACCCAUCUGCCCAAUAUGCAACGAGCGACCCACAGAAGACAUCAACGUUCAUGUUGAACUUUGCCUGCGUAAAAGUGAGAACAAAAGCGAAAAUUCAGAUAGGCUGAACGGCAGUAGCGUAGCUAGCGACGACGACGAAAGUAUCGACAUUGAGGGUGAAACUUUCGACGAAUAUGAAUGGGCUGGUCAGAAACGUGUACGUGUUUCGAGUAUGCUGCAGGGUGGCUACUCAGCUGCUGGGAUCGGCACAUCCAUAAGUAACUGCAGCGAUGACGACGAGGAUCUGAACGUUGACGGUGAUGACACACAAAUUUACGGCCCGCCUCAGUAUACCGAACGAGACGUGAUUGUCCCGAUAUCGGGAGAAUGCGAAAAAGAGGAAAAUGAGAAUAUCUACCUACGAAAAUUAGUAACUGGACACGAUGUUCAAACCCUUUUAAAUUCAUCCGAUGCUAAUUCGGAAAUAUCCGGCAGCUUAGAAGAAAACAAUGACGGGAUCCGAUCAAGUACGAGUCACAGUGAUCGACUAAUGGAGGAUAAUAAGUCACCUUCAACUGCAACAAAUACCUUCAGCAUGGGAGGAUCAGGGACAGACAGUCAGGGUCAAGUAAUUGAAUGUCUCAAGGCGAAAAUACGAGAGUAUGAGAAUCAAAUUAGUAAUAAGAUAAAAUGUCUAAUAUGUAUGGACGAGUUCAAAAAACCAGCGGUUUCAAUAUGCUGCUGGCAUGUACACUGCGAGGAGUGUUGGCUUAGAACGUUAGGUGCUCGGAAAUUGUGUCCGCAAUGUAACAUGAUAACAUCGCCUUCGGAUCUGAGACGCAUUUAUAUGUGAUUGGUUUUUUUUUUAAGUUUAUGAGAGCCUAGUGUUACGGAGAAUAUGUUAUUUGAUUUCGAAUUACCAGCAAUACGAAGAAUUGUGAGUAUUGCACCAUCUUUUUUUCUAAUAUUGUGCUGGCACCGAUGUCUACUUCUUAUGCAAGGAAAUUGUUUCGUAUUAGCAAUCAGCAAAUGUUGUACACUAGUCAUGUCCAAAAGAAGGGUAUCAGCCCCAGAAUGAACUACUUUAUUUUGUAAACAGGGAGCAUUUGGAAUCUUUUUUUUUUCAAACAAGAGAUUUACUAUUAAAUUGAGAUGAAGGA